CGCCUUCUGAUGCGACAAUCUCCCGUUCGCCUGAGACGGCACGGAGGCUCCCCCAGCCUCCGGGCCAAUGAGCACUGACACCAAUAUGAGGAUGCUGCAAAUGGCGUUUAUUGUACGCAUGUAUUUGCUUAUAUACCUACAAGCAUACUGCUAUCUCUACGUCAUAUCCUUCCUCUUCCUUCCUCUUUCCGUGCCAUCGCGAGAUCUUCCGAUCGCCGUUCCCUACAGGAACCAGCCUCGGAGGGGCGAUAAUAACUGCCGGACGCGUUCAAGCGCCUAAACCGUUGCCCGUCCAGCGUCCUGGGGAAACAGCGGGGAUUCGUAGGCGUCGGGCAACGUUUUGGGGGUGUUUAGUAGUGUGUUUUACCUGCUGGAGUCGAUCCCGAGCGCAGAGCUCCCCACUUGCCGGUUGGUCACAUCGGGAUUUACUCCGUAGCCGGCAAAAUGACCCCGGUGGGCUCCUUCCGACCAGACUCCCCCGACAGCUUCGUCGACGAGGAUGACUACGAUGACGUGUCACUGUCUGAGCCCGAUCACGACCGCAAGAAGCCGCCAGCUGAAGACGACCUGCAAACCCAGAGGAGCAAGGGAGGUACAGGGGUUUACGUCCUGGCGGGGAAACCGGCGUCUUCGAGUCCCAUCAGAGCGGGCGACUCGGUGGCCGGCGCAGGACGAGGCUGCCGAGAGAAGCCGGUGGUGGUCCUCUACGUCCUGGUGGUGCUGAGCUUCGCCAUGUGGGUGGCCGUCCUCGCGCUCGUCGUGGUGAAGUACUCGGAGCUCUCGAGGGAGCUGAAGAUGUUGAGCUCUAACUACUCCGAGAGCGUGCUGCAGGAGCUGUCGGAGACGCGACGGGGACAAGCCCGCAUGAGGGCCAAGAUGUCCAGCUACUACCAGGAGCUACAGGGCAUCACAGGGUUGAUCUGCAAAACCUUCCUGGAUAACAGGAGGUGCUCGGCCGGCUGGAAGAUCUUCGAGAAGAGCUGCUACUCCUUCUCUGUGGAGACCAUGAGCUGGGAGGACGCCAAGCAGGUCUGCUUGGAUCAAGACUCUCACCUGGUCAUCGUUAACACGGAGGAGGAGCAGAAGUUCCUAAAAGACAAUAUUAACAGCAGCAGCACGUACUGGCUGGGGGUGACCGACAAGCUGGAGGAAGGCAGCUGGCUCUGGGUUAACGGGCAACCCGCCACCCUUGGCUUCUGGAACACCUGGAGAGAAAACAGAGACAGGGAGCAGCAGGAUUGCGGCAGCAUCGGGCCCGACGGCAUCUGGACCGACGAGCGAUGCUCCCGCGCUCACCACUGGAUCUGCGAGAAGUCCUGGCACUGCUAGGUCACGGCGGUGGAAGGGGAAGCCACCGCCUCCCCCUUGCAAACCCUGCAAAAAAAGAAUUGCAUUUUUGGGGUGAAAAUCAGCAGCCGGCGCGCUGCGGCGUUAAAACCUGCUUGCAUGCAAAAAAAAAAAAAACAACCCCGCUUUUCUCGGCGCCGUGCAACCUCCGCUUCCCCCCACGGCAUUUCGAGCAGCCGGUCGCGGCGUUGCAUCACGAUUUCGGCUCGCUUCUCCGAAAAGCCGGUUUCCGCCGGAGAGUUUUGGUGCUUCGAGUCCGCCCGGCUCUGCCCGACGUGAGCUCGGUUGCAACAAUGCAGCAAAGGCCGAGCUUCGCCUUUUUUUUUUUUUUAAGGGGGGGAAUAAACCCAAUUUUGCUCGGUUGUAAAUCUUAAUUCAGUGAAUUCUUAUCAAAUAAAACCUUUUUCUUAAGAAA